UCCCAUGUUUUGUCCUAAUUUUUCUCUCGUUUUUUUGAACAAAUUCUAAGUUUAGAUUUGUCCAUUUCAACCGAUGGAUAUUUAUGGACAAAAUAGUUGAGAGUUUUCGGGCAAUCCAUUCCUUUUCCGAAUUCAUUGGAUGAACUUAGAGUUAAACACAAGCAAAUCAUCUCUUUAAAAACCCAAUUCUUUUACCUCCCAAUCAUCCUCAUUCAGUUACAAGACCAGGAUCAAAACACUCUUUUAACACCACCAUGGCUGACGAACAAGCUGAGCUGAAUCGCAUUUUCAAAAGAUUCGACUUGAAUGGUGAUGGCAAGAUCUCUGCAGCAGAGCUGGGCGAUUGCUUGAAGACCCUCGGCUCAGUCACAGCAGAGGAGGUCAAGCGCAUGAUGGCUGAGAUAGAUACUGAUGGUGAUGGAUCCAUUUCAUAUCAGGAGUUCUUAGAUUUUGCUAAGGCUAACAGUGGCCUGAUGAAGGAUGUUGCUAAGAUAUUUUAAUCUUUCAACACAUAUCCUUUCCUAUUCUUUGUUGUUUUUACUAUGUGCUGUAAUCUAUGAUUGUUUAAGGCAGCGGCAAGUCUAAAUCAAUUUUGAUUGACACAGACUUGCUUUCGUAGCUACACUACAAACAUCUUUAUCAACUAAUGUUUCUAUA